CAAAAAGUGGAGGCAAUAAAAGGUGGACUCGUGGGACGGUUUCCUCGCCCUUUUUCGCACUACAAAAUAUACUCUCAUCAUCACCUCUUCUCCAUCCCCCUCACUUCUCGCCUUCCUUCCACUCAAUUUGCUCCCAGCCCUCCCGGCAUAACCGUAGCCUCCACCGCCGCCGCCACGAACAAGAGAAUCAUCUAUGGAAAUGAAAAAAGCUGCGAGGAAUCUAAUCUAACCUUCUCUUCUUUUGAUUUUCGCAUCUGUAUUUGAAUCUUCGAUAUCUUGCUCCAGACCUGAAGAUUGACGGAUUGCAGUGCCUCAGAAAUUCACUGAUUGAUACGAUGGAGUCAUCGUCUUCGAUCGGGAAUCCAGAUGUCAACCCUAACCGAUCGCGGAAAACGCGGAGAACGAUCGGCGACUCGGACCGGGAUCGGCCGCAACCGACCUGCGUCGAUGGGCUCAGGUGGAGGACCCAGGCUGCCCGGCAGAUCUACUCGUCGAAGCUCGUGAAUGCCCUCCGUCAAGUUCGCCGGAGAAAUAUGACGCCGCCUCCCGCCGUCGCCGGCCGCGCCAUCCGGGACACGGCUUAUAGAGUCCUCGCCGUCGCCGCCAAGGGAAGGACGCGCUGGAGCAGAGCAAUUCUCGCCGGCCGGCUCAGUAAAAAGCACAAGAGAGCCCCAGAAAGAGCCAUACCCGGCGAUAUCCGGUCGAAGAAGCCGGCGAUUGUGCAGAGGCUGCCGCCGCUGCAAAGGAAGGCGCGCGUCCUCGGCCGGUUAGUUCCCGGUUGCCGGAAACUUCCGUUCCCGAACCUUCUAGACGAAGCUACCGAUUAUAUUGCAGCUCUGGAGAUGCAAGUGAAGGCCAUGAGCGUUCUCGUCGAGCUUCUCAACGGCGCCGGAAUGGGAAUUUUACUGCCCAAUCCCGACCUGCUCCGGCAUGGCUCGGAACAGUCUCAAGGCUCGGCCGCACGUGAUUUGCGCUGAGCUGUAUAUUCUUUUUCUUUAUUUUUUAUGGAAAAGAUCUAUAUAUAUAUAUUUAAAAUAUUUUGUUAAUAUGUGAGGCCUUCAUUAUAUUUCCGAGUAUUUUCAUUUUUUAUUGUAUACAAUUCCUCUUGGCCACAAUCUCUUUAUUUGUUUUCCCUUUGAUUUGUGGUUAACAAAUCUUAUUUAUUGGU